AUGGCACGAUACGACUUGAAUUCUCUGCAAUCUGAUCUGAGGAAGGAACUGGCAAACGGAUUUAAGGAAGAAUCCGGGGAGAUGGUAAAGAACAUUAAAGAGUUAAUGACGCGGUACGAAAGUCACCCCACGGACUGGGACGGCAAGGAAAAAUGGAGUGAUAAAAAGCAAAGCCGAAAAACUCUCCAUUUUAAUAAAGUGUCGGUGAUUAAAUUGCUUUGGUUUUCUUUACUGUAUAGAUAUACGAGGACCCUACUGGACAAAGGGAAUGGGCAUUACAAUUUGAUGAUAUUGUGUUGGAAUACUGGUCAAGAAAGCCCUAUACAUAAUCAUCCUAACUCUCAUUGCUUCAUGAAGACUCUAAAAGGGGAAGUGUUCGAGCAGUUGUAUAGAAAUCCGGAUAUGACAUCAUGCGACAGCUGUUGUGGAUGCAAAAUGGAGAAGAUAGAGGACAGGGUAUAUAAACUCAACGAUGUGGCCCAUAUCACUGACGCAGACGGACUUCACAGAGUUGGGAACAAAAGUCACGUGGAGGGCGCUGUCACUUUACACCUUUAUUCCCCGCCCUUUUCCUCGUGUAAAAAAUAUGAUGACGAAACGGGUAAAUCAACAGAGGUUCCCAUGGGUUACGACCAGGACUUUAGUGAGCAGUGCUGUUCACAUUCAUGUUGUGCAAAAUAAUUGUUAUCUGCGGAGACCAGAGGCUUAGGUAGAAGAUUACCGGUGUUUUAUUAUUAGAUGCUAUUACAUUG